AUGAAUGAACGACGCCUACAAUCUCCGCAUGGAAUAAUUCCAAUCACAGCCGACGAGGUCGAGGAUCUUUUCUCCGGAGACAGAGAUUAUUUCCUUGUGGCUUUUCUCACGUCUGCAGGCAACGAGAAGUGCAGACUAUGUGGAAUUGCUCAGCCAAUUGUGGAGACAGUGGCGAAGUCUUUCCAUGAAUCCAACCCGCAUCUCAAUCGCGUCUUUUUCGUUUCAUUAGAUGCAAAGGAUAAUCUCCAACAUUUCCAAAACUACCAAAUCAACACAGUGCCGCAUCUCUGGAUAUUCCCAAUUCCAUCGGAAAUCUACAAGCCACAAGAUAGCGAAGACCCGUUUGAUCACCGCAUCCCAAGACCUGAGAAAUUGUCUCUAAUUAGUGAGCAUUACACAUAUCCAUUUUCAGACAGUAUCAGCGUGGCCGACCAAGAACUUCGGUUCGCAAAGUCUUUGGGAGAAUUGACUCAAACACGUAUCAUAAUCAAUAAGCCAUUGGAUGUGAAGCUGGCUCUUCAGUACUGUGCUGGAUUCUUUUUAGUUUUCAGAAUAUUACGAGCAAGAAAGGAAAAGGUGAUGGAGAAAUUACGAAAUGGCACAGGUGUAAUGGUUUUGAGCAUCGUUACAAUAUUCUUGUGCUUAUCGGGAGUGAACUUUGCGAUUCAAAGAAACGUUCCCUUUUUAGUGAAAGGUGCUAACCAGACCAUAAAGUAUAUCGCUCCAGGAGUUCAAAAUGAGAUAGGGUCUGAAGUGGUGAUAUCGAUUGCAUUCCAAGCAUUAUUUGCAGCAUUAUUAUGGGCUUUGAUACAAGGAGUCACGACAGUGCCAAAAGAAAAUAAAGCCACGAGCAUGCUUAUUUACGGGGCACUAUUAUUCAUCGUUUAUAACCUGUUCACGAGCAUGUACAAGGCUAAGGACCCCGGUUACCCAUUUACAUACCUAUACAUACCAAUAUUCUAG